GACUGCAUCCCCGCCGCGCCCCACUGGUCCGUGCCGAGACGUCGAGGCCAGUCACCACCUCCUCCUCCUCCAGCCAGGCGGACCGCGCCAGUCCACUUCGGUGGGGGCGACACCCAACCCGCAGGCCACACGCCCCGCGUGUGCGGCGCCUUUAUUUACUUCGCUCAAGAGCCAUCAGCCCCCCUCCUAACAAGUCUGGAAAGCAUUUCGGCGACGCGAUGCUGGGGACACUGGUCUGGAUGCUCGCGGUCGGCUUCCUGCUGGCCCUGGCGCCGGGCCGCGCGGCGGGCGCGCUGAGGACCGGGAGGCGCCCGGUGCGGCCGCGGGACUGCGCGGACCGGCCGGAGGAGCUCCUGGAGCAGCUGUACGGACGGCUGGCGGCCGGUGUGCUCAGCGCCUUCCACCACACGCUGCAGCUCGGGCCGCGCGAGCAAGCGCGCAACGCCAGCUGCCCCGCCGGGGGCAGGCCCGCCGACCGCCGCUUCCGGCCGCCCACCAACCUGCGCAGCGUCUCGCCCUGGGCGUACAGGAUUUCCUACGACCCUGCUCGCUUCCCGAGGUACCUGCCUGAAGCCUACUGCCUCUGCCGAGGCUGCCUGACCGGGCUCUUUGGUGAGGAGGACUUCCGCUACCGCAGCGCACCUGUCUACUCCCCGGCCGUAGUGUUGCGCCGCACCGCCGCCUGUGCGGGAGGCCGCUCAGUGUACGCCGAACACUACGUCACCAUCCCGGUGGGCUGCACCUGCGUGCCCGAGCCGGACAAAGCCUCGGACAGCGCCAACUCCAGCAUGGACAAGCCAGGAGCCAAGCUGCUCCUCGGGCCCAACGACAGGCCAGCUGGGCGCUGAUGCCGGGGACUGCCCGCCACCACCCAGCUUCCUGCAUCUGUCCUCCACAUCGUUCCCCACCCGUGCCGCUGCCCACUUUUUCCCAAGGCACAGCUACACGAGCUUUAAAUAUAUUUGUAUUUUUCAAAGUAGACACUACAUACCUACGGCUAUUUUGAAUAGAGGCAGAAACUAUUUUCAUAUUAGUAAUUUAGAGCAAGCCUGUUAUUUUUAAAACUUCCUUGACAUACAAGGAAAUCAUAAGCAUCCAGUUUUCUCCAGUAUGGUUCUUGAGCGCAUAAUUGUGUGCUCACAUAACCUUGUUUUAGCUGACCCUGUGCCCUGUCUCUGAGUUCAGCCUGUAGCCAGGGUUCGCCCAGGUGAAGUGGAUGCUCCCCAUCUGCACCAGAAGACCUCAGGUCCACAGGGGGGGGGGGGGGAUUUGAGGGGCCUCCUGGUUCCUGAAACCGAACUCUCCUCUGUUCCUGAGCAUAUGGAUGGUCUCAACUUUCUAGCAAUUUAAUUCUUUGGUGUGAUUCUUCCACUUUUGAAAACCGAUGGUCUCGAUUCAUGGCAGGAGGUGGAACGUGACAUCUUAGCCGGUUCUCAGGGAGCUCCAAGCACACAAGGGCUCAGUUUUAUGGGCUUUUGGAUCAAGCCAAGCCUAAGGAGGAAAAGGGAGGGCCUAGUCUCCAAAGUACUCCAGGCUUUUAAACUGUGAGCUAACUCCUUACUCUCAUUUAAGGGGAAAGUCUGCCCCUGAGCACGUUUGUAAAAGUUCAAAAAAAUUCACUAAAACAGUGGAAGCUGAAGCAUGUGUUGGCUGUGUGCGGUUCAUUUCUUCCCAGAUUUUGCUUUGGUGAACUUGUUCGGAGUGUUGGGAGGAGCCCAGGCCCUGGGACAUUCUAAGUAGGAUCUCUACCAGUGACCACACCAUCUCCUGACUCACUUCCUGGAAAACAUAGGCGUCAGGAGGUCCUUAGGCCACUGGGUACGUGCACAGUGGGACCCAUUUCACACACUUACCCUGCACCCAUUUGCCUGUCGAAUGCUCCUCGGUGCCACCCUCUGGCAAACUUACCAAGGACCCAAAACAAUGAGUCCCUAGGACCUUCUGAAGUUGGAACCUUCAGAACCACGAGUCCAAGGGCACCUCUUCCCUAAUAAUUCUCUCAGGUACUGUGCUCUAGCAGUAGGAAGCUGACGUGGUAUCUCUUAGUAUGUGCUCAGUUCCUAUCACCACGCAACAGCUGAAGACAAGACACAGUCUCUUUCUCAGACUAAGACAAAAGCUGCCUGAGGAGGAUGGCGCUGCCGUGUGCCAGCUCC